AUGAGUUGUUUUUCCAUUUUUGGGAGUCCACGUGGUAGUGUGUCAUCCAAUCUAGUAAUCGACACAAUUGCAUCUCAGCGCACUUGCACUCUGGCUACUUCCUCCCUAUUGAGCUUUUUCUACUUUGUCAGUAGGAGAGAGGGGCUGAGCGUUGCUGAGUUUGUCGGAAACCCGGAAUGCGUCGGAACUCAGAGAUCUGAAACGUGCACCUCAGCGACCUCCGUUGAUUUCACUCCAUCUCCGUCCACGCAAUCAAUGAGACAUUCUGGAAAAUCUAACUCUGCGUCAUCCACAUCCAAAUCCCGAUCUCAAUCCCGCGCUCUUGUUGAAUUUACCGGUAUCAUCCAACCGCUUCCCUUGAAGAUCGUUACCCCUGAAUGUUCUGUUCAGCUCAGAUUACGAAGGUCGCCGAGGUUCACUCCAAUUGACACAUUAUCUGUUUCUGACUCGCCGAAUACCUCAGAGCUCAGUGUGAUGGGUCGGAAUACCCCCAGAAAGCUGCUGAAGCAGGUGCGAUUAAAGCAUGCAAAUGACUUGAGGAGAUCUCCGAGGCUCAAUCCAGACAAUGCAGCUGUUCGGACAGGCUUAGUCGGUUCUGAUUUGGGCCCAUCCGGUAAAAUUGCCUUCACGAAGGCUCUGAGCCGUUCGGGAAAGCUCCAGUCGACGAAGUCGGGUGAGAAGCCGCUGAGACGGCCUCCGAGAUUUUCAGCGCCGGCGAUUGUUACUGGCUCUCAAAAUCAUGCAACUAAAUCUAACUAUGACAUUCUUGAGUGGCAAAGAUGUAGGAGUCAAGAUUUACAAUUGAAUGAUGACUUAGCAGACCUAAAAACAACUGCAAAUGGGGCAAGGUUCUUGAGGAGAUCUCCUAGAUUCGCAUCAACGCCAUCUGAUUUUGAAAAAUUAUGCCCAAAUAUAUCACCACAGAAGUUCUUGAAGUCCCCUGAAACUGAAAAGGGCUACCUUGGAGAUGUGUCAAGCAAUAAAUCCAGUUUCCAUUUAGUUUCCUGCAGCAAGAACGGUAAUAAGGGGAAUGUGUCUCUCAAACAUUGUCAUUUAAAUUGUUCUGGUGCAGAGGACUUGCUGAAGUUCCCCAGACUUAAUCAACCAACAAGACAGCAUGGUAGCGAUGCAUCUAUGGAAAACCUUGAUGUGAAACUAUUGGGUGGGUUGACCUUUAGAAGAUCUCCAAGACUUUCAUCUUCAAGUAAGAAAGAAACCUCAGAGACAAUUCUGCCACAACAGGAAACCUCAAAAGUAAUUGAACAAAAAAAGAGAGGUUUAAGUGCAAGAUGUGGUUCUAUCAAAUUGUCUAAUUCACCAAAUGAAAAGCAUUCAAAAAAUGCAACCACCUCAGGGGAAACUAGUCUGACUCCUAGCAUUCCCAAUAAAAAUUGCUUGAGCUGGUUUUCAGAGUCAAGCAUGCCCCCAUCUGAUGAUGUAAAUUGCAUAUCAAUUUGCGACUCAUUUGCGUUGGCUGAGUUAGAUGAAAACCCACGGAGGAAAAAAUUUAGGACUUCUGCUUCUUUACCAAAUAAAAGUAAGAAUGACUGCAGCAUUGCUUCCUUCAUUGGUGAUCCAAUGCCUGAUGAUGAAGCUCUCAAACUAUGGGGAUGGCGCUAUGAAUUGAAGGAUAAAAAAUUUAAAGGUAAAACAACCAAAAUAAAUGAAGAUGAAGAAGAUGAGACCAUCAUCAAUGUGGAUCACCAUUAUGCCCAAGCCAGAAUUGGGAAUUACGUUUAUAGUCUUGGUGAUUGUGCAUUCAUUAAAGGUGAAGGUGAACAAAAUCAUGUUGGCAAGAUUGUUGAAUUUUUCCAAACAACAGAUGGAGAAAAUUAUUUUCCGAGUCCAAUGGUUGGCUUGAAAUUGACUUCUAUUUUACCAUCUUCUUCUACUAUGAUAUGGAGUAUUGUGUGGAUUACUCCACAUUUCGAUCCAUGUCAACAGACUAGUAUAUCUAGUUCUGAAUCAGACAAGGAAGAAUUAGCAUUACUUGAUCUUUUCUCUGGUUGUGGUGGUAUGUCAACUGGAUUGUGCUUGGGUGCCAAAGUUUCUUCAGUUAACCUUGUGACG